AUGUUUAACGCACAUGCCCUCUCGCAUUCAUAUAUAUACCCAACUUCUCUUCUUUCAUUCAAGUCAGCAGAAUCAAGAAACAACAUGGCAUUCCCUGAAACCAAACUCCAGAUGCCUAUUAGAUCUAUAAGUCUUCCAUCAAGAAUUCACCAUCCUUCUGCUAAGUUUCAAGCUGCUCUCACUCAAAUUCAUCUCUUCCAAAACUCAUCUGAUUCUCAAUCUCUUCAACUCUCAUUGCUCAACCUCUCUGAGCUUUACCAUUCCCUUCACCAACUCAAUCACUCUCUUCCAACAGCUCAAGCUGAACGUUCUCUUGACGUGUCAGCCACGUUACUAGACUCUUGCGAUGCGGUGAGAAACCUAAUCCUAACCCUCCGAGAGCAUCUCCUUAACCUUCAAUCCGCACUCAGGAGAAAAGACAAAUCCAUGGAAGUCCAGAUCAAAGAGUACUUCACCUUCAGGAAAAAGACCAAGAAAGAGACUAGCAAGCUUCUUCUUGGCCUCAAGAAGCUGGAAGGCUCUGAGACCACCGAGCUCGCUGUCUCCAUCUUCCGCUCUCUUUUCAUGUUUCUGUCGACUACAUCCGCCAUGAAGACAAAGACAUGUUCUCUCAAAUUCGUCUCCAAACUGAUCGGUGGUGGUCAUCACCGAUCAUCAUCGUCAGAAACAAGCGAGUUGCACCACGUGGAUGUGGUUCUACGUUCGGAUGGGGAUAACUCAAAGGAAGUGAAGAAGAUGUUAGAGAGAUUAGAGGAGAGAACAGAAGGACUUGAAGCUGCGCUUGAUUCACUUUUCAAGUCACUUGUCCAAUAUAGAGUUUAUUUGCUAAACAUUCUUACAUCACACUCCUAGUUUAGU